CGUCAUGAUAAUACAGUGCAUUGUCAACUCAGCUUAAUAUAAUUCUUGUAUUUCAUAAUUCCAGCGCCAACUGCAAACCGUUAUAUACCAAAUUAUUAGUCAAAGCGAAUGACACUGACAGUAAUGUCUCCCGAAAAUAUGAGUUCAAAAUCACCCCCAAAAUAUGCACACGUGCAAGAUACUCUAACUGGUGCUCUUUUAUUAACAGAAGUCGGCGUAGACUUGAGAGGAUGUUUUGUAUCAGGCAAUAAAUGCAUUAAUCAACUUAAAAAUAUUGUCAACGGUACAGAAAAAGCAGUCAAAGCAUUACAAAUUACGUCAAAAUGCGCUUUGGAACAAGCUUAUAAAAUGGUUUCGACAAUUAAUUCAAGUAAACCAACCAAGGAAUGUGAAGAAUUAAUUGGAAUCAUACAGAAACAAUUAAAUGAAUUAGAGCAGAGUGUAGGAUAUAAAGAGUUAAUUGAUAUUGAUGUUCAUCAGAAAAAUGACAAAGUCAGGAUGUUAGAAACAAAGCAAAAAUCUUGUGAUAAUCUCACUUGGUUUUGUAAUACCAAAAACUCAAAAUGUGACAUAAAUGAAAAAUAUCCUGGAAGUAUUUCACGAGAAUCUCUGAUCGACCUAAAUACAGUAGUAAACUUACCACCAGUUCCAGAGGAUAUUUUUACAAGUUUUUCUACAAAACCAACAAGAUCUUCCAGUUUGUCUUCAUUAAAGAGUAUGAGAAAGGUAAAAAUGUUUUUACAAAAAGCGGAAAGUUCUGAUGACGAUGACAGCUCUGAAGUUGAAGAACAUGAAUUUCCAAAAAUUGGUUCAAUUCCAAAAAUAUCAAUUGGUGAUGCAAAAGGUAGUCGCGAUGAUGGUGAUGAAUUAAAGUUACCGAGUCCACUCAGUAAAAAAUUAUUGGGAAAUAUCACAGAAGAAACUAAGUUUGAUGAAUAAUAUGAACAGAUAUUAAUGUCAAAUCAAAUGUUUUCAGUGUUUUUAGUAUUUGAAUAACUAACUAGACUGUACUUGUAGGGUGCUGUUGUAGAGGACAUUAAGAUUUUUAAUAAAACUGUCCCAAAAUAGAAA